AAAUCUUGCGUUUUCAUAUGGGUCCAUGGUAUUGCUACUUCUGUGGCAAACGGAACGCAUCCGACUCUGUUUUCCCGAGUUUUAGCGGAUGUGACGUAAUAUCGGAAUACGAAAAUCGGAUCCCAAGGCAAAUGGAAUGCAGCAUAUUUCUCGGAGUCCAAGGCCCCAUUGGAAAUGACUGUCGGUGUCUGCAAUUCUUACCUGCGUUCAGCAAGACCAUUUCAAUGCGUGCCUUUGUUUUGCUGCUAGCUAGAACGCAGCUGCUGUGUUGUGAAUGGAUUGUGCUUCAGAUAUUGCCCAAACAGCUUUGUUGUCUUCUCCAGUCUGUAAUGUGAGAAUCUUCUGCUGAUCAAAAAAAAAUAUCUUAUCAAUCUCAUCUACACAUUUUCAGAGCCAGUUAGGUAACAUGACCAAAAGAACUUCUGCACAACGAGCCUUGGCACCAGUAUUGCAGGAGACUGAGUCAAGUAGUGAAGAGGAUGAGGAUUCAACAGAGUGGGAGUAUAAAGAGGUGACUGAAUCUGAGAGUGAUACAGCAGACAAAGUCGAUCUAAAGCGCAGACCUCGAAAAUCUCCCAAGACUGUCGAGCAGGAUGCCCCACAGCAACCUGAGCAGAGACCAGGAGAAAUAUUCAUGUCCAGGAAUGGUCAGAUUGAAUGGUCAUCAUCUCCAAAGGUUGCACAACCUCGCCCUCCCACAAUAUUAAACAUGAAACCUGGACCCACACAGACAGCAGCGAGCCUUGUCCAUGACAUAAGAUCAGCAUUUGAACUAUUUAUCUCAGACUCAGUUCAGCAAGUUGUUCUGAAUAUGACCAACAUUGAGGGAAAACGUGUUAUGGGUAAGCAAUGGAAAGAGGUAGAUAACACAGAAAUGUUUGCCUAUUAUGGGGUCCUCAUCCUCGCAGGUGUCUACAGAUCAAGAGGUCAGUCAGCUCGGAGUCUGUGGGAUAGUGAGCUAGGAAGACCUAUUUUUAGAACAUCAAUGUCAUUGAACAGCUUCUCUAUGUUCUCAAGAGCCAUCAGAUUUGAUGAGUGGGCAACAAGAUGUGAGAGACGGCAGAAGGACAAGUUGGCAGAAAUACGAACUGUGUGGGACAAGUGGGUUGAGCAGCUUCCACUUAUGUAUAAUCCUGGAUCCAGUGUGACUGUGGAUGAACGCCUUGUUGGAUUUAAAGGCCGUUGCUCAUUCAGACAGUAUAUGCCAGCCAAACCAAAAAAGUACGGCAUAAAAAUCUGGGCUGCAUGUGAUGCUGCUUCCGCCUAUGCGUGGAACAUGCAAAUCUACACAGGGAAGGUAAAGGGUGGAAUCUCAGAGAAAAACCAGGGAAUGCGGGUGGUGCUCGACAUGACACAGGGCCUCAGCGGCCACAACAUCACUUGUGAUAAUUUUUUCACAUCAUACAACCUGGGACAAGAACUCCUCAAGCGUAACAUGACUAUGGUUGGCACAGUCAGACACAACAAGCCAGAGUUGCCACCUGAGCUUUUGACUGUGAAGGACAGGGAAGUGACAUCCUCGGAGUUUGCAUUCACAGCCAAUACUACUCUGGUGUCAUACGUACCACGAAAGGGCAAGAAUGUGAUGCUGAUGAGUACACAGCAUCGAGAGGGACAGAUCAGUGACAGAGAAGACAAGAAACCAGAGAUCAUUCUGCAUUAUAAUGCCACAAAAGGAGGGGUAGACACUUUAGACAUGGUCACGGCCUGUUAUAGCUGCAAGAGAAUUACUUUACGGUGGCCCCUUGUGGUCUUUUUUAACAUGCUGGAUAUAUCUGCAUACAAUGCUUUCGUGAUCUGGCUGGCAUUAAACCCAAACUGGGAAAAAACUAAGUCCUGCAUGAGACGGAGAUUGUUUCUAGACGAGCUGGGAAGGGCACUUGUGUUCCCUCACAUUCAAAGGACCAGACUAAUUCCAAGGGCUCCAGCGGCUGCAGCCUUGACGAGAAAGAUUCUACAGGAGGCUGCUGAGGCCGCAGGUGCAGGAUGCAACCCUCCAGAGAGUAAAGAUGCAGCUGGUCGUGUAAGGAAGAGACGUUGCCAGGUGUGUCCCCGUUCACAUGAUUGGAAGACGAGCAACCAAUGCGCGUACUGCAAGAAAUAUAUUUGCGGAAAACACACAGUGAAACAAUGUCCCACAUGUGUGGCAGGUGGCAGUAAAAAGAAAUGAGCCAAAAUAUUAGACCACCCUUUGUGAAGCGAAUAACGUUGCCUGUCUUGUAGAAACCGUGUAUGUCAAAGUCUAGGACAUAUUAAGGCUAGUUGAUACUUCACUUUUCAGCGCUUCCGGACUGCGGAUGGUCAUGCAUGCAGAAGCUUCUGUUCAUACUAUGUUUGUUGGUGGAUGCAGAUGGUCCAGGUCAGUGCAUGCAUACAACAGUGAUAUUCCACCAGACCAGGAGAGGGCAUAUUGUAAGAAACACAAGUACAAUUAAUGUAUUGAAGACGAAAACUUCUUAUGAACAGUUUUAAAGGUGUUGGUCUAGGCUUGGGUGGUAUGAAGGUAAUAUGGCAUUUUUUAUCAGUAAGAUUUAAAAAUCACUGAAUGGUGUAGUAUAAGGUCUAGGCAGUAUAAAUUAUCUGGACAGUAAAAAUUAUUAUUGCAGCUACCUGCACAUCUCCAGCAACUCUUCUGCUUUUUACUGAUCGACCUCUACUGUGUGAAAGCCACUGCUGCCACCUACUGGAAAUACCUAGUCAAUUAUCUUGCACAUGUGCAGUUGACGUGCAUGGAUGUGCAUGAUUUCUACUGGACAAAAAGAACCUAGGCUACACCUGCACCAUCCACAGCCAACCAGUGCAACCCGCUGUUGGCAAGAUUUACAUCACCUCUCCCUGUGCAUGCCCAAAGUGAAGUAUGAAUUGUUGUUCGGAUGGUAAGCUAAUAUUCAAUACGUGUAGGCUACAUGAUAAAUGCAUAAGAAAUGGGCAGGGGUAAAGAUCUGAGUGACUGGCGGGGGCCAAAUCAUUCAGAUGACCGGGUCAGAGCAUCUCUGAAACUGCAAGGCUUGUGAGGUGCUGACGGUCAGCCGGGGUGAAUAUGUACCGACGAUGGUCUGAGGAGGGAAAAACCAGGAACCCCUGACAGGAUAAGCGAGAUGUGGAUGAAGGCUCUCCUGUGUGGUGGUUAUCUGCUAUUUAUGCCACAGUAAUUUGAUGUUCGUGGAAGUGAUGUCAUGACAUACCGUGUCCUGAGCCCUGCUGCCUAUGUGGCUACAUCACCAGCAGGCCCCAUUCAGUGGAGGUGCAGAAAUUGUUUAAAGGUGACAGCAUUGUGUUCUGUCCUAACCUGCAGUUUAUGACACGCUAUAACAUGUUUGUUUUGCCUUAACUGUUCAGGUUUACGACUCCUGUCUUCAACUUCCACAGCAGACAAAUAUGCAGAUAAUUGAUUUUGCCCCCAAAAACACAACAUUG